GUUAUACUUACGAUACCUAUUUAACAUCCGCCUCAAACCAAUGAUUGCAUGGUAAAAAGGCAUUCCAUCAACAGUCACAAGCCUUUAAGCAAAUGUCCCGCGCUGCUCUUCCGUCUGUGCGAUGCCUUCUUUCCAAUCUCUGUACAAGAAAUAUAUGGGACAAGGUUAGGUUUCUAGGAUGCGUAACUGAAUAUUCAACGCAUUCAGCGACAUUGACCCUUCAACACGACUUUCCCAAGCAGAACAAUAUCAAAGUUGGUGUCAAUGUUACGCUUCUUCUCGAGAGUCUCAAACUCGAACAUAUUGAUAUCGGUCAGUGGGUUCAUGUAAUUGGCUGCAUUACAUCUAUCAAGCAGAGACCACUUAAGACGACGGAUUUUUCUACCGCCACCGUUGAAGUUCAAGCUCUUGCUCUUUGGAUUGCCGAGGACUUAGAUAUUACAUCAUACGAGACGACACUCAUUUCUGAGCUUGAUUAACCGAAAUGGAAGACACCCAAAUGCCACUACUGCCAACGAAUCGGCGGAGGUAUUCCAGGAAUCUCUUCAAAUGGUGAUGGAAUUAGCAUGCGUCGCUCAUCACCCAUCACUAUCAGCCUACCUUAAUUGCAAUGCGCUGAGAGGCCAUUGCCC